CUCAAAUAAUUCGGUUCGGCUCUACCACUCUCUUAAACGAGGCGUAUUUAGUCUGGAGCUUGAAUGCAGAAAGAUAGGUUGGAGGGAGCUAGGGUUUCGUCACUAAGAAAUUCAAAAGCUGAUUCUUACCUUUGACCUCCUAGUCGCGCCCAUAACCAGCGAGUGAAAGAUAUCUUACAGUUAGGACGAUAGAGGUGAGAAAAUUUGACAACAAUGGCGGAAGUGGACGAGAAUGUACUAGAUACCGACACUGCCGAUGAAGAAGUGAAAGCUAAGAGUACGCAGGAUAUCGAAUCGGAGUUACAGCUUGCUAUGCGCUCUCGCAGCAGCCAUUUCAAGGAUCAAGCAGAUUCAUUGACUUUUGAGGGUGUUCGACGGUUAAUGGAGAAGGAUCUUGGCUUAGAGCCAUAUGCAUUGGACGUGCAUAAAAGGUUUAUCAAGGCAUGUUUGUCAGAGUGCUUGGAUAAUGGUGAUAAGGACGAUGUCCCCCAAAGUGCAGCAGAAACAGUGGAGGAAAACAUGGCUACAACUGAAGAAAAUGGGGCAAACUUACCCAUUAAGGAUGAAAACUCAGAUGAUGAUGAUAAAAUGGAAGAUUCUCCUGUUAAGUGCCUUUUAACGGGAGAUGAUAAAACCAAAACUAAGGACAGUGGAAAGAAAGUAAUUCCAAGUGAGAAGAUGAUCGGAUUAGCUAUCAAAAAAAGAGCUUCUUAUUUCAGUGCCAAUUCAGAUGACAUUACAAUGGGUGGAGUUAGAAAACUUCUGGAAGAAGACCUUGAGCUCGAAAAGAACUCUCUUUUACCCUUCAAGAAGUUCAUUGCUGAGAAAAUAGAUCAUGUGCUGAGUGCCUCUGCAGCUGCUCCUUCCACAGUUAAACCCAAGAUCAAGACCACAGAGAAAAUUUCCAACAGGAAAGUGUCCAAAAAUGUUCGUGAAGAAAAUUCUGAUUAUUCAGAUGGAGAAAUUGAAAAGAACAAGAAGAAAACUGUUGAGUCAAAAAAACGCAAAAGAGGUUCAAAAGAGAUCGAGGCACCUAGUGAGAAGAAGAAAAAGGAGGCACCUAGUGAGAAGAAGAAAAAGGAGGCAUCUAGUGAGAAGAAGAAAAAGGAGGCACAGUCAUCUGAGGGAAAUAGUGGUACAAGUAAUGAUGGUAGUGCAUCCGAAGAUAAUGAUUCAGCGUCACCUGCUGCAAAACCUACAAAAAUGAAGAAAGAAACAGAAGUUCCUGCUUAUGGGAAACAUGUGGAGAAGCUAAAAUCAAUUAUCAAAUCUUGUGGGAUGGGUGUCCCUCCAGUUGUUUACAAACGAGUGAAGCAGUUGCCAGAAAAUAAGCGCGAGGCUGCAUUGAUCAAUGAAUUAAAGGAUAUACUAUCAAAAGAGGGCUUAUCAUCAAAUCCAUCUGAGAAAGAAAUAAAAGAUGUCAGAAAGAAGAAGGAAAGACUAAAAGAACUUGAAGGCAUUGACAUGAGCAAUAUCGUCUCAAGUACCCGAAGAAGGUCAUCCACCAGUUUCCCACCUCCUCCUCCAAAACCUAAAUUACCUGUUGAAAGUGAUAGUGAUGAAGGAGAAGAUGGUGAAGAUGAUGAUGAAGAUAGCGAGAACGAUAAUGAGGAUGGUGAAGAAGACCAUGAAAACGAUAAUGAUGAAGCAUCAGAAGAAGAAGAAGAAGAAGAGGAAGAAGAAGAUGAUGAUGGCAGUGAUUAGUGUAUGUCAGUUCCAGAUAAUGUAAGAAGAAGGGGUUUGGUCUGUUCUAGAAUAAUUUAUUUGAUGGAUGAUGAAUAGUAAUUAUACAGAGAUGGUUUCAAUUUCUUAUUUAGUUGAGAGAUAUAGAGAAGAUUAUUCCUAUCUUAUUAUAGACUUUUAUUAUGUUAAAAAUUAUGAAAACAAUUUAGAUA